CACAUUUUCAAUUCGCAAAUUUCUCUCUUUAAACUCAAUACUUAAAAUCAUCCCAAAAAUGGCGGAAGCAACCUCUGCAAGCGCCAGCACGUCUCCCACCACCGAACCACCGCAAAGCAGUUUAACCUCUCCUCUUCCUCCUCCUCCACCGGCGCCGGCGAUUAUAGUUUCCGGCGACUCUUCGUCGCAACUCUCCGGUAGCAGCAUCUCUACUCAAACCUUGUCGUUUUCCUCCGGAAACCCUAGAAUUGAAGAAACUCGAGGUGUCAUGCAUUUUUUCUCCAAUGAUGUUUCUUCUCCCUCACUUUCCCUUCUUCCGGUUGGCAGAAAACCUCUUGUAUGUGUUCUUGGGGUUCCAAAUCACAUGACUUAUGCAGAUUUUUGCCGGUUUUCUGGUUCUUUUAUCCAGCAUAUGCUUGAAAUGCGGAUUGUCAGGAAUGAUGAAAUGGAGGACAGAUAUAUUGUUCUGAUUAGAUUUGACAGUCAGGACUCAACAGAUGGGUUCUACAAGCAUUUCAAUGGGCAAACAUAUUCAUCUUUGGAGCCAGAAGCUUGUCAUGUGCAUUUUAUCAUUGAUGUGCAAUACACGGGCUCUAUUGAACAUGGACAAGCUUCUCUUGGGAACUCAACUGAGCAACCUACAUGUCCAGUAUGUUUAGAGAGAUUGGAUCAAGAAACCAAUGGAAUUCUCACAACCAUUUGCAAUCAUUCUUUCCACUGCUCCUGCAUCUCUAAGUGGACAGAUUCUUCUUGUCCUGUUUGUCGAUAUUGCCAGCAGCAACCUGAUAAUUCAACAUGUUUCGUUUGUCAAACCUCAGAGAAUUUGUGGAUAUGCGUAAUAUGUGGUUUUGUGGGUUGUGGAAGGUAUAAAGAGGGCCAUGCUAUUAUGCAUUGGAAAGAAACACAGCACUGUUAUUCCCUGGACUUGGAAACUAGGCGUGUUUGGGACUAUGUUGGUGACAACUAUGUGCACCGUUUAAUACAGUCCAAAACUGAUGGGAAGUUGGUUGAACUUAAUGUUCCUUGUUCACAUGCUACGCAUGGCUGUGGAAGCUGUGAAUGUAGUGGGGAUCCUGGAAUAAACGAUGCUAUUGUAAAUAGUAAAGUUGAAGCUAUCGUAAAUGAAUACAAUGAGCUUCUUUCCACACAGCUUGAGAAUCAAAAAUUGUAUUUUGAAUCUUUGUUGCAAGAGAUUAAAGAAGAGACUGAAAAAGAUAUAGCUGAAGCUGUUGGCAAGGCUGUGAGCUUGAAAUUGCAGAAAUUGCAAGCAAAAUUGGAUAGAUGUAUCAAAGAAAAGAAAUUUCUGGAUGAUAUUAAUGAAAAUCUAUUGAAAAAUCAAGAGAUUUGGAAAAUUAAGAUACAGGAGAUUGAGGAAAGGGAGGAGAAAGCUGUGAGACUGAAGGAUGAAAAAAUACGAGAUCUUGAAGAACAGCUUAAAGACUUGAUGUUGCACCUUGAAGCAGGGCAAGCAGUGGAGCAGCUAUCCAUUUCUGAUGAAGUAGAUGAUGGUGCUGUUUUGAAGUUAGGAGGUGAAUCCUCUACCAGAGCCAUCAAAUCUAAGAACCGGAAGAAGAGGUGAAGCAAUUAGUUCAAUCUAUGGCAAAGAUAGCUUUAAUGGGGGAUGAUACUUUGUUUGCACAGUCACUUGGAUUGAAAUGGGUGAACCAGAGUUUGUUAUACGUAAAUAUAAGUGCGUGUUCUGGUAGUUUCUUAGAUAACAGAAUACAGGAGUAGCAAUAUUGAACAUUAUGGCUUGUCAAAAAAAAAAAAAAAAAAAAAAUGUUGAACAUUAUGGUCUUCACUGGCAUGAAGUCUCUAAACUUUCUUGAAGCAUUCUGCCCUAAGGUCAGGCUGGUGAUGUCGCUGUUACAUACAUUUGCUAAUUAGCUUUUGAGCUUAUAUUAAGGUACUGACUGUACAGCUAUUUAGUGAUA